AUGGUGCUGCUGCCACCCCCCUGCCCCAUGGCGGAGUUCGCGAUUCCGCGGCACAGCGCGGUCAUGGAGCGCCUCCGCCGCCGCAUCGAGCUGUGCCGGCGGCACCACAGCACCUGCGAGGCCCGUUACGAGGCCGUGUCGCCCGAGCGCCUGGAGUUGGAGCGGCAGCACACGUUCGCCCUGCACCAGCGCUGCCUACAGGCCAAGGCCAAGCGCGCCGGCAAGCAUCGGCAGCCCGCGCCGCCCGCCCCGGCACCGGCCGCCGCGCCGCCCGCUCCGGCCCCGGCCCCGGCGGCCGCCGUCGAGGGCUCGGAGAGCAGCGCCGCAGAGCAGAGCCGCUCCAGCAGCGCCCUCAUCGCGCAACUUCAUGAAUCGGUGAAGAGGAAUCGGGAUAGUGCUGGCUCCCCUCAGAAUGGAGAUCAACAGAAUGGCUAUGGAGAAAUGUUUUCUGUGCACAAGAAACCACGCCAUGAAGAUACUCUUGGGGUUAGCGUCUCUUCUAAUGGGAUGCCUCCAUUGUCCCCGAUGCAUCAGCUUGACAAGUCAUCUGGAGGAGAUGCCUUGCAGCCCAAUGGAAAACAUUCACUGGGACUAGAUGCCAUCAACAAAAAAUGUCUCCCAGAUCCUAACCUACAUUCUAAUGGCAGCAGUAAUGCAAAUGAUUCAUUUCAAAUAAGUUUGAAUAAAGAACUGAAACAAGAGCCCGUAGAUGACCUUCCUUGUAUGAUCUCUGGAACAGGCGGUUCUAUGUCUCAAAACAACUUAAUGCCUGACCUAAACCUUAAUGAGCAGGAGUGGAAGGAGCUCAUUGAUGAACUUAAUAGAUCAGUGCCUGAUGAAGACAUGAAGGAUCUAUUUAAUGAAGAUUUUGAGGAGAAAAAGGAUACGGAGACUUCAAGUUCAACUACACAAACCCCAUUGCCACAAGACAUCAAUAUUAAGACUGAAUUUUCGCCAGCAACCUUUGAGCAGGAACAGUUAGGAUCUCCACAAGUAAGAUCCACGUCUUCAGGGCAGACCUUUAUUGGGUCAUCGUCUGUAGCUGUGAGUACGGCCUCUCCAGUUAUAGGUGGCUCUCAGACUGGGUUCCAGGCUUCUGGUCAGCCAGGGGCUGAAAAUCCCAACCAGACCAUGAUGCAGGCAUCAAACCAGUCUCAGAAUGUACAGAGGCCUCUAGCCAACGUAUUAUUAUCUGGUCAGGGCUCUGGAGGGAGCAAAGAAAUGUCCUCCGCCCACCAGCUUCAACAGAUAGCUGCCAAGCAAAAGAGAGAUCAAAUGCUUCAAAACCAACAGCAAACUCAACAAGUUCACCAGCCUGGGCAGAUGACCAGCUGGCCACCGUCUGGUCCUUCUCAUAGUCCAUUAGCUGUCCCCUACUCUGUGGAGAACCCAACUAGCCCUUCUGUUUACCAGCAAGAUUUCAACAACCAGAAACUCAUGAUGUCUAGCAUGACCAAUAAGAGUUCUCCUAGAACUGGAGGUAAUUACCUCCCGCCUAGCCACGUAGGCCUGCUGACUCACCAGCCAAACACCUUGAACCAGAACUCUGUGGCUGGCCAAGCAGCUAUGCUUGAUUAUGGCAAUACCAAACCUCUUUCCCAUUACAAAGCUGAUUGUGGACAAGUAUCUGGCCAGAAUAAAGCACCCAUGUUAGCUUAUCUGCCACAGCAGCUGCCUCAUAUGAAUGAAGAGCAGAACACAUUGUAUAUGUUGAAGAAGCCUGGAAAUAUUCCCUACAGACCACUGGUUCCCCAUAGCCAGGACCAGAACCCGUCUAAUGUUCCUCGCGUCCCAGUAUCUGUGCCAGCAUCGAGUGUUGGCACCCAGCCACCAGCUGUAUCCCUGGCAAGCUCCCACGGCACGGCUGCCUAUCUCAGCACCCAACAACAGGCAGCGGCAAUGAAGCAGCACCAGCUGUUGCUCGACCAGCAGAAGCAGAGGGAACAGCAGCAGAAGCAGCUGCAGCAGCAGCAGCAGCAGCAUUUCCUGAUAGGGCAGAGACAGCAGCAGCUUCUGGCUGAGCAGGAGAAGCAGCGUCAGGAACAGCAGUUUCAAAGACACCUGACCCGGCCACCACCUCAGUACCAAGAGCAAAACCAGACUACGUACCAGCAGGUUGGACAAUUUACAGGGUCAUCAGCUGCCAUGGCUGGAGUGAGUAGCUUGGGUCCAUCCAACUCCGGUAGUCCCCGGAUGUUUCCUCAGAUUCAAAUUGGGCCUGGACAUGGUUCUGUUUCCUCCAUUCCUUCAAACCCAAGCCAGCAGGAACGAAGUGUGGCUCAGUAUACUGGUACACAGAGCCUUCAGAGAGGAAGCCUGUACAGUGUGGCACCUGGCAUGACUCAGAUGGUCCCCCAGCACACGCCUCAGGCCUCCAAUGGGCAUGCCCAUAUGCCACGGCAGCCCAGUGUUGGCCAAAGCAGCACAGUUUCUGCUAGCUAUGGUCAGAAUGCCCUGGGGAACGCGGGGCUUCCUCCACAGCACAGUAAAGGGGCCCUGAAUCCCACUUUAUCUAAGCCCUCGUUGCCCAGAGUGCCAGCUGCUGUGGGAGCCCAAAAUCCAUCAUGGCAGCACCAAGGCGUGCCCAGCAUGAACAGUCAGCCACAGGGGAGCAGCAGUGGGAGCCCUUUUCCUGCCACCUCCACUUUCCACAUGCAGCAGCCCCACCUGAAGAUGACCAGCCAGCAGUUCCCCCAGGGAGGGCCUCAGGUGAACCUCGGCACCAGCCGGCCAAUGACAUCCAUCAGCUCUGCUGUGUCAGGGCAGAUGAUGUCAUCCAUGAGCACACAGCAGCGGACGAGUGCACCUGCCCAGCAGCAGGUAGCCUCUCAGCAAGUCCUGCCCGGGAUGAGCUCGGCCGUCCCAGACCUGACUGCAUUCAGCCAAAAUCCAAACCAGCAGCUGGCAAAUCGAGCCAGUCUGCAUUGUGGUCAGGGCUACCAGGUGAGGACAGCAAAUCAGGAGCUCCCUUUUACCUAUAGCGCUCUGCCAGGCAACAGUGGCUUACAGAAUAUAACCGGUGACACAGAUCUGAUAGACUCCCUGCUGAAAAAUAGGACUUCAGAAGAGUGGAUCAAUGACCUGGAUGAGUUGUUAGGAACACAUUAACAUGGAGUUCAGGGCAGCCUGGUUUUCCUACGACCUACAUUUUAGUUCUUAACAUCAAGAACUAUUGGACCAAAAACCUGUGGCAUUGAGGAGCUUGGAAAAUAUAUUGGAAAUGGCCAGGAAAUGGACCCCUGUUGCUUCCCACUGAGCUGGAACGCCCUGUUCUGAUGGCACCUGCAGUCCGCAUCUCAUGGAGACACUGCAUGUGAGGCAGGGUUGCACACUGAGACAGGUGGGGCGCAUUGCAGUGGGCAUAUUCUGUUAGUGAUAUCAUAUGGUGGGUAGAGAAACAGAAGGCUUUUAAAUGUACAUUUAUAUUGAAAAGACCAAAAAUGUAGAAUCGGACUGGAGAAAAAAAUCAGUGCCAUUUUGUUGACUAAACCCAAUUUCCCCUCCAUUUUCCAUAUUUUUAGAUGCUUUAUUUGUUUUGUUUUGUUUUUAAUGGUUUUGUGGCCAGAUUUUAUGCAAUUUGUUUCAUAAAGAUGAUAAAACACAUUUUGUCAAAUGCUCGGUUAAGUCAGCUGUGAUAUUAGCAAAUCCGGAGACCUGUCAUUCUACCAUUAAUGGCAAACCUUUAUUUUUGUUUUUAAAAGGGAGUGGGAUGAGGUUGCAUGUAAGAGAAAACCAGCAUUUUACCUUAAUCCACCACCAUCCCCAAAUCCACCGCUUUUCUGGCUAAGAAUGGUGUGUUUGAGUACCUGAGGGUAGGCAGUUUCUGCUCUUUGUGGAGACGAAAAGGAAGGAUUAACAUCAACCUGUUGGUCGGUGGCUGUUGGACUUCCUUCAAGGCUGCCAGCUUCAGUAGUUAGAUGUUGUUGCCAAUAACUAACCACUCUUGAAGGACGUUGAGCCCGACUCUCACUUGUUUAAAGAGAGACUUUCUUUUGAGAGAGAGAAAAGGUUUUUUGUUUUGUUUUUGUUAUUGUUGCUGUUGUUUUUGAAGGCUUACCCCGCCCCAGUCCAUUGCCACCACCCUCCUAAAAAGGAGCUCCCGAAGCUCUGGGGUGGAUGCUGUGGUUAGGUCCAAAUCUUGUGACCGACUCUGGGACCCAGCCCGGAAGGGAGGGAGGCAGGAAACUCUUCACCUAGUGUAGUGAAAGCAAAGCAAAGCCCGAAUAACGGCUGUCUGUGCUAUGGAAGUUGAUUUUUGGUUUGUUUUUUUACUCUUCUCUUGUCUUCAAAAGUCUCCCUUUAAACACUUCUUGGCUGGAGUGACUGAGGACCUACCUGUCCCCAAGAAAAUCUAAAUUCCUUUGCAACAAAUGCUGCCUACAUAAGUUGCAUGAGCAUAGCAGAAAUCACUAAAGUGAUCUGUGAGGGUUUGGUUCAUUCGGGGUAAAAGAAACAGUGAUGGUAUUGGGUGUUUGGGAUUUCUGAGUUCUCAUGUGUUAGCAAAACCUCCCUCCUUUAAUCCCUUUGAAAAUGUUUUUAAUUGAACAUAUAAUCAUUUUAGAUUUCCCAAGACCUUUCAACUUUCACCCCCUAAAAGUAAAAAAUCUUUUGGAGAAGUAUUCAGAUUGGAAUAAAAACUCCUGGAAAUGCCCUGGCCCAACUACCCACCUUGGAAUAGAGGAGGGAUGCCUCCCAGAGAUGUGGGACUAGAGAAGAAUACAAAGAGAGGCUGGUUUGGGAGCUGUUGGGAGAGGUGGGGGAAGGAAUGGCACAGACGUGAUAAUACAAUUGUAUUUUAUUGCUGUAUCUACAGUUCCUUUUAUCAGACAACUUGCACUUUAAAAAAAAACCUGCUUUUUAACACUAAUAUUUUCUUUAACCCUUUCUAUAUAUGCAUAUGAAUUUUUCUUUUGAGUCCCACAAACAUGCAUCAGGUAGAUUUCUGUGACUUUAGGUCCUGUUUGACAGAUUUUUGGUUGUUGCCUGAUGGCACUAUACUUGUAAAAUGAAGGUGAACGCCCACCUCCCACCACAUCCAGCUGUUAGCAGCAGACUUUACCAAUCGCUCCGUGUGCCCAUAUUCGUUGGCUUAGAAAACAACAGUGGAGUGUUGGUUAUAAAAUAAGGAGCCAGGGAAGGUGGCAUUUAUAAAGGUCAUCCUAAGUUUAAGCCUAAUCUUUGUUUCUCUGGGCUCUCAGCAUUUUUUAUUUUUAACUCUAAUAGAUGUGGUUGAUGGUCACAUUCAGAGGAAAACUUUCAUAUAAAAACAUCUCCAUCACUUUCCAGGACAGGGUUUAGAAGAAAAGAUUGUAGCAUGUAAAUGUGGUGGAAAUGGUUUCACACCAGCAGUGCCUUUGUCAUUAGGGAUGCUUGGGACCUCAGAAAUUCAGCAAUAGCCAUGACCCUUCAUAGGGUAAUAUUCACCUUUUCCCUUUGAAAUGCCCUAAGUGGGGAAGGAGUUGGAAGGCACAGGUCCUUCCUGCUUUUCAGUUCCCCUUGAAUUCUUCAGAAAGUAUAUUUGGCGCUCAAAAUGCCAAAUCAGCCAGAGCAGCCAGGCAGCUGCCCCCCAGUUUGUUAUUUCCAUAAACUGAAAGGCUAGAUUAGCUGCUUUGGCCCCCUUACUACCAAAAAUAGAGCAGUCCAUGUCUGUGACUGUCACUCGCAUUGAGCGGUGCUGAACAGCUUGUGCCCUCUCUCCUUCCACCAAAGGGCCCCUGUCUGGGGGCGCGGUGCUGCUGUUCAGCCAGCUCUUUGCCCUCGGUUCUUAGACAUGUAGCUGUUUAAAUAUGCAGUCGGGCUUCCCGUUUGCUGCAGCUUUAUAGCAAUAAGAUGCAACUCCUGGGACCCCCAGGGAACUGCCCAUGGCUUUAUUUAUGAACUCUCGUCAGGAGCAGGUAGGAAGAGGUGACAUCCUUACCUGCCAGAAACCAAGACUCAAAUAAAACGGUGCUUAGACUUUUGUUAUACACAUUUCCUUUGUGUAAAUAAAUGUUUACAGUUUUAUAUUGAAGAUGGAAUAAGAGUUAGAUCUUUUGACUGUAUAUUUUUUACUUUUUAUAGAUUUUAAAACUGUAUAAUUCUUUAUAUAUGUGGGGGGAGGGAGGUGGGGAGUACGGUAAGUUUUAUGCCUGUAAAUGGAGAACAGUCGAAAUCAAUGCUAACCUUUUAUGCCCUGUUUUUGUAUAAAGAUCCUGUUAAUCCCCCGAUUCUUCCACUUCACUUAACUCUGGCACACACCAAAAAGAGAACCUUCACUUUCCUGUUUUAUCAUUAUAUGAAAUAAUAAAAGUAUUUUACUAGUAUGAAAA